CAUCAACCUCAAGCAAAGACAGUAAGAGGAUAAAGUUCACGUAGGACGAGCACAAAUAGACCUGAGCAGGUCAAGAUAACACAAACACUUCUGUUCACGCAAAACACUUUGUUUUGUAUCAGAAGGAGGAAGAGCUUCAGUCUUCUGCUGACUGAUCUGAGUCACAUCACAAAUCGCCACUAAGAAUGAAGUUCCUUCUCAGUUUGACGACUCUUGUCGCUGCAUCAUGUGUCUUUAGUUUUGCAGACGCUGAGCAAAUGAAUGUCUUCUCAGAGGACAUCUUAAAACAGCUGUCAGAGGAUGGUGAGAAGCUUGUGAAUGAGGAGAUGAAAAGAGCGCUGUAUGGCGUGAAGCAGAUGAGGGAGGUGAUGUGGAGGAAUGAGCAGAAGCAUGAGCACCUCAUGAACUCUCUGAAGCACAGCAGUGACAAGAAGAAGGGGGCAGCCCAGCUAGCAAAGGAUGUGAGUGAGAAGCUGGAGGAGGCAGAGGAGCAGUGCAAAGACUCCCUGCAGUCAGAGUGGGAGGAAUGUAGACCCUGUCUGGAGGAUGCAUGUAAAACCUUCUACACCUCCACUUGCCGCAGGGGCUUUGCUUCUUUCCACAGUAAGGUUGAAUCCUUUUUCCAAAGAGUCUCCAGACGCUUUGGUCCAAGAGAGCGCCCUCUGGAGGCAGGCGACAUCUUGGUGAACCAAAGUCCUGAUGAAUCAGAACCAGAUGUAGUUCAGAUUGAGAAUUCUUUCAAGCGAGUUAUGAGCAAGGUGGGGACCUUGGUGAACUGCAGCAUCGCUUUGGUCUCCAGGAUGAGCAGCAGGCUUGACGGAGUCCUUCAGAAGGCUUUCCUGAACAACACCAAUGAACUGUCAGAGGAAAGCGCUUCCGAUCCAUACUACCCUGGGCGCGACUCCGGCUUCCUGCAUGGCGUUGGGCUGGAGGAGGUGCUGGAGUCAUUCUUUGACUUUGGAAAGAGCGUGGUGGAGGAGUUUGGAGCUGUGGUUACCCAGGUGUUUGAUGAUAUCCAUCAGACUGUGGAGGAGGAGACUAAGAAAGAGAUAAAAAGCUUCCCUCGCUUCCUGCAGAACAGGAGGCUGUGCAAAGACCUUCGCAGGCAGACAUCAGAGUGCUGGCAGCUUCAGAACAAGUGUGAGGCCUGCCAGGGAGCUUUGCUCACAGAGUGCACCGGUGUUCGUGAACUGCAUGUGGAGCUGGAUGAAAUAUCCCAGCUGCUGGAUAUCUCCAAACAGCAAUAUGAUGAGAUCUUGUCCAUUGUCCAGCAUCACACCGACGAGACGGUCAAGUGGCUGACCAACAUGGCAGCCGAGUUCAGCUGGGUGGCUCAGGCUGUGAGCAACAGCAGCACUCCUCAAAAUGUUUUCCGCAUCACAAUGGUGGCACCAGAGAGCCACGAGGAGCAGAAUAUGUCUGCCACUGAGACUAAGGUGGAAGUAAACGUCCUGAACUCUCCCCCACUCACACUCAACAUCCCUGGGGAGCUGGAGCUGCACAAUCCAGCUUUCAUCCAGUACGUGGCCCAGGAGGCUCUGGACAAGUACAAGGAGAUGGUCAGGAUUGAAGAUGCGUAACACUGCUCCGUCUUCUUUAUUUUCCGCACUUCAUAGUAGUAAACAUCUUCGUGUUGAUAUCCGAAGACACUACAGCUGUAGCCAAUAUCUAUCCGACUCUUUCAAGUUUUCUUCUUGUUAAAUAGUGUAACUUCACAAAAUAUGUUCUAUUCACAGACCAAGUGAAAUGAGACACUUUCUGAAUUUUUUAGUGGAUGUUAAACACAUGAAAGCUACAUGUAACAUUUAGUUUAUCAUUUUAUUCUGUACAAAAUCAUAUUAGUUAACAUUCUCAUAACUUUCAUCAUGUGUACCCACACUAGAUCAGGUCUCACUCUUAAGGGACAAUCUCUUACAUGAAUGAUGCACAGAAAGAAAAAAAAAUUCACAUCUUCAGUAUUGUCUAAUUUCUCGUACUUUCAAGGAUUCUGUACCUGUGAGAAUUUAAACAAAUUUUGACAUUUGUAUUAUUUAUUAAAGAACUAAGCCAUGGCUCAGCCAUAGUCUCUGUUAUGUGCUUGUGUUAUCCGAGUUUUAUUAGAUUAGGUUAUGAGUGUGAAAGUGGAGGCAAAUGUCACAUACUCAAGUACAAAACCUCCUCACAUAUGUGUAAAAAAGCUCAAAAUAAGUUCAUCUUUUAUUUGCAGUACCAUAUUUUCAUACUAGCUGUAGUUUAACAGUAGAAUUUGAAGAUUUCUAUUUUUUAACCUCCGUUCCCAUCCUCCUCGCUGUGUGGAAGUGGAAUGAUAAACCUGCAUCAGUUUCUGUUAUUUUAAACUUUGCUUUGACUGUAGACGUUGCUAAGAACAUACAUGUGACUUAUUGUAACCAAGUAAGUGAACCAUGUUCACUUACUUUUCCCAUUUUGAAGAGUUUAUUAAAAAUGUAGUUAUAUGCCACGAAACAAAACAAAAAAACAGGAACAUAUUAGCUAAAGCUAAAAUGUUCCUCAACAUUUUGAUCAAUUUAAAAAGUACAUCAUUUAUUUAAAAUAAAUAAAUAAAUAAAUGUGACUUUUAAAAUUAAAUAAAUUUGUUAGGUAUAUUUAGGGGAGCCACAAAAUGUAAAUUCCUGAAUCCGCCCCACAUAGGAUGUCAUAAAUUGUCAAUUAGAAAUUCAAUACCAACUAGAAAUAUAUAUUAAUAAAAACAAAUAAAAGAGCUAAACUUAUUUGAGUUAUUCUUUUUUACACAUUUACCAAAAGUCUUCCCUGUAUGUUGCUAAUUAAUUAGCUUCCUGAAACUGUUAUUUAAUUGUGAGCAACUCAAAGUAAAAAAAGAAAAAAAAAAGUUUAUUAGUGGAGUUAUCCACCAAACAAGACAAUUUGACAAAUUAAAUCAGAUAAUUUCUUUCCCUAAUUGCAGUUUAAAGUUCAUUUAUAGAAACUGUUCUUUUUAAAAAAAAAAAAA